AUGACAAUUGUGUUGCUGAAGGGGCAAAGCAGCACUGAGAGGGCCCGUCCGGAGCGCACUUGGUCGCCCAUCAACGGGGAUCAGCUCCUUUCAUUGCUGGGCAUGGCCACACAGGCGCCUGAACCCGGCGGAAAAGAGAUCCACGAAGCCAUGUAUCAGAACACAGACGUGCCAGUCAGUGAGCAUCAACACAAAGACGUGACAAUUGAUGUGUCUGCAAAUGAGGACGAAGCAGAGGAUGGUCUGAAACCUGUCUUGAUCAGCUCGCCACCAGACCAGGGACAGAGUUGGGCACUGGGAGAGGAGAAUGGUGUUUGGAAUAGCCCUGAACAGAGCUUGGCACCCGGGAAGGACAAGGCCGAUGCGAAGAUAUCCGAAAUGGACAAAUUGGUCGACGAGCUGCAGAAAGUCUUGGAGGACCCUCAGGGAGAUGUGCCGCGCCUCAACACCACCGUGGACGAGCCCUUUGGGCCAAAUGACAGAGAUCACAACCCGCUCUGUUCUGCCUUCAGCAAUUCCAAAACAAUUGCCCUUGUGGGUAAUGGCCCCUUGGACCAGGCACAGCGCACAGAGAUUGAUGCAUCCGACAUAGUUGUUAGGUUCAACCUGAUGAACAACUGGCGGCGAUUUCAGGAGAAGGUGGAUGUGUGGGUGAUCCGCUACAGCACAGAAGCCUCGCUCAGCUAUUGGGGCGUCACCAACAUGCAGUUGGCCGAGGCCACCAACGUGGUCAAACUCAUGAAGGCGAUGUGGCUGGUGGGAGGGCGGCAGGAGAACGCCGACGGGCUGGUGAAGAAAGUGCCGGCAGUGGAGAAGGCACACCCAGUGCUCAUGCCCAAUGAGGCGCUCGCAGCAGCCUACAACCGCCAGAUGAAUGUGACCGGCGGAUAUCCCUCCACCGGCUUUGUUGGGCUGCAGGGCGUUCUGCACUGCGCCCCGCCCGAUGCUGUGCUGCACCUCUUCGGCUUCAACUGGCACAACAACACCUGGAAGGCCCACAAGAUGGAUUUGGAGAAGGCGUUUGUGGAGAAUUUGGCGAGCGAGGGGCGAAUGGUUGUGCAUGAGACGACCUGCUAUGGUGUGCGCGAGUGCGGCGGCAGCAGCACGUUCGACCAGUCCUGCCACUGGAAUGGCGCUGGCCGAUAUGUGUGCCUCAGAGGGAAGCCGAGGAAGUGGACGGACCUGACAGAGACACUGGGGAGUGGGCGGCUGGAACAAUUCAGAGGACAAGAAGCAGCUAUGAAACCCCCUGCAGGAUCAGGGGCGACUGCUCUGCUGCAGUAG